CAGCGACACACACUCUUACCCGUUGCAAAAUAUAACCCCGACUGAAGGAAUGCAGAAGCGUUACCGUUUUUGGUCCACUGAAAUAGUUGGCAUUACAGAAAAUAACAAGUGAGCGGAAGGCAAUCUCACAUCCAUAUAAAAAGGUGGAAGAAUCACUUGUGAAGAUUGAACACCCUACAGACAAGGGAAAUGGGCACUGCCUGUUUGCUGCUGAUGUUGGCAGUCCUUAGUGGAAUCUUCAGUGAAACAUCGUUGUGUCUGAACUGGGAUCCAGUUCCCCGCAAAACCAUCCUAUUCAACAAUCUCAAAGAUAUCAAGAGUUUUUCAAAGAUUGGUGUCUUCAACUAUACAACACUAACACUGGAUGAGGAAAACAAGAGGCUGUAUGUUGGUGCACGAGAAGCCAUCUUUGCCCUCAACAUGACAGAUGUGUCUCAGAACAGCAAAUUGAUUGUAUGGGAGGCACCACCGGAAAAGAAAGCUGAGUGCAUCCAGAAAGGAAAGAACAACCAAUCUGAAUGCUUCAACUACAUUCGGUUUCUCCAACGGUACAAUGAAACACACAUGUACACAUGUGGAACCUAUGCCUUUCAGCCAAAGUGCUCAUAUAUUAGUCUAGAAAACUUCACUCUUGAAGACUUGGUUCUGGAAGAUGGCAAAGGCAAGUGCCCUUAUGACCCUGCCAAAGGGCACACAGGACUUAUUGUUGAUAAGGAGCUUUAUUCUGCUACCUUCAACAACUUCUUGGGCACAGAGCCAGUGAUUCUAAGGAACUUGGGCCAACAUCGUGUGAUGAAGACCGAAUAUUUACCGUCCUGGCUUAACGAACCUGAUUUUGUUGCAUCUACAUUUGUGGAGGGAAACUGGGGAGAUGAUAUGAUUUACUUCUUCUUCAGUGAACGAGCAGUUGAGCUUGACUGUGACAAUGAACAGGUUGUGGCUCGUGUGGCUCGAGUGUGCAAGGGUGAUGUUGGGGGGGCUCGCACCCUUCAAAAGAAGUGGACUUCCUUCCUGAAAGCCCGUCUACUCUGCUCCAUUCCACAUCAGCAUGUCCACUUUAAUAAGGUCCAGGCUGUCUUUGCUCUUGGGAGUGGACAGGAAACCAUUUUUUUUGGCAUUUUUCAGGCACGCUGGGGUGAUGUAGAUGUGUCCGCUGUAUGCCGCUAUAAUUUAGCCGACAUUACAAAGGUGUUCAAUGGGCCUUUUAAGGAAUUUCGUGAAUCGGCACAGAAAUGGGGUCGCUAUACCGGUCAGAUCCCAACACCCCGGCCAGGAUCAGUAAGUACCUUGUGAAGCUUAGAGCUGAGCGGUUUGGCAGUGAAGAGAAAUCUUAAUUUGAUGAGGUUCAAGUGGUGGAAGAUCGGUUUGGCUCGGAUGAUGCACUAAACACUCUGAUGACAUACAAUCAGGCAACAAACAGGAUUCACAUUGGUGAUGCCAAAUUAGGAAUGAGUACUGAAAUAAAUGACAUAGUUAGUAGCUGCAUCACAGACAGUAUAGAUGUUUCUGUCCUGUUAAAUAGGAGACAUUAAAGGAUGUUGUCAUACCUUUGAUGGUAACAAGAGUGUCUGGCAUUACUUGUUGCUGACUACCUGGUGUGGAAUCAUGAGUGUCUACUGCCUUGUGUAGUUUUCUAGUCUGUUGACUGCUCAUCAAGUAAAUUUUCCUAUUGGAAGGUUUUUUUGUUUCAUGCUUUUGAUUUGAUGAGAAUUUUGGGAUUAAUAGAUACAUUAAGAUAAACAUGUAAAUACCCCAUAAACACUUGACCAAGUGAGUGUUUAAUUUAAUUUAGAUUUUAGUAAGUUGAAUGAUAGUAUUUGUCUAAUUGAAAAAGGCAAAGAAUUAACUGAAAUUUGGAGCAAAAUAAUUAAAGGCACAUGCACCAAAUGUUUAAUACCUAUAAGUUUUUAAGUGUAAAUUGGCACAUGAGGACUAAUUAAAUCCGGUAAGUAGAUUGGUGAACUGCCAGGGAAAACUUUAAAAGUCAGCAUUAAGAUUUUUCUUUUCCUCCAUUGAUCAAUAGGCAGCUGGUAAAAACAAGACAUUUUUAAAGUAAUGCACUCUCACAAGUGUGUGUGUGUGUGUGUGAAUAAGUAAGCUGUGGAAUUUUUAAUUUUUGGAAGACCACUAUAAAUGGUGUUAACAGUAGACCAGAGAUGAAAAAAUAAAAGCAUGAAUAACAGCCCUGGUAGCAGGAUAGUCUAGAUAGGAUAAAAUACAGUAAAUGAUUCUAACAUGAAAAUAAGCAGAUUUGCAAAUAGCUUUCAUAUGAGCUUGAUUCAGAAUCCAACUCAAUAAAACAGAUUUUGACACUGAAUGUUUUUUCUAAAGCAAUUGACUUUAAAGAUAUGGAUUAAGAUUAGUUCUAGGUCCAAUACAUAUCACCUCACUAGGUUUGUCACAUUUUAACUGUUAUACAAGGAACCAUUACAUUGACUUAAAUAAAACUUGAUUAUACAAACUUAGUAUUUGCUGUUUUAGUAGGCCUGCUAAGUUUGCAUCUCUGUGAUUAUGCACUUCUGUUAAUGCAUCCUAUGUUGUUUGUAUCAUUAGAACUGCCUUAUACUUCAGACGAUUCUACAAUUUAUUUAUUUUGUUUUUUAUUUUAGAAUUAGCUUGUACGCUACCAACAGCUACAACACUUAACCACGUGGAUGAAAACUUGUUUAGGUUUUCACUUCCUUGCACCCAGUGCAGUCAGCAUAGGCACCUGUUCUUCAUAGAACCUAGACUGAAUAAGCUAGUUAGUAAAUUGGAUUAUUGAAUGAACAACUGUAGACUCGGGCCAAAUACAAAUUUGAUCUUUGUGUCAUUUGUACAUAAGUCGCUAAAAGUUAAAAUGACUCUAAGUCAUAGAUUGGUCACAUUGUCACCCUCUUUAGUCAUGCACAAAUUGUGCAUUUUUAUUUUUUAACUAAUUCUAUUGUGGGAUAAAAAUGGUAGUUGAAAACUCCUUUUUCGCUUUUAAAGAGUAGUGUGAUUUUUUUCCUGCUUUAUGCAUGCAGAAUUUUGAAGAAAUAGGUGCAUUUUCCACAAUCCCACACUAAAAUUCUAGGCCUAGUCCUUUUGUCCGUUUAGGUGAUAUUCAUUAGACUAAUUGUAAGAAUUAUCUAACAGAGAAAAAAGGUAACAUUGCAAGAAACAAAGUCUAAUUUUACCUGCAAGAUUGAUGAGGUUUUCAUUGCAGAACCAAAUGUCCAGGAGAAGGACAUGGAUCAGGUUCAACUCCAUUCACUAAAUCCAGUGUCUUUUGAUAUGAAAGAGAAAUACCUUUAUGUUUAUUCUAUGGUAUGUACUAUAUAGUUUAAUUAGCUUAAAUAAAAAGGUUCUGAGCUUCUGUACAAAGUAGUCUAACUGGAGAGAAAAAAUAAAAUAAGCAACUACCAAAAAGAGACCUUGAAGCCAUGCUAUGGAUUUUUUGUUUGAUUCUGCCCAACGCAGACAGGCAUGAAAGGGGU